AUGGAACAGGCCAACCACACGAGCAUCCCAAUUUUCCUGCUUACAGGUUUCACGCUCCCACGCUCUCUGAGACCCCUGGCCUUCCUGGGGAGUCUCUGUGUAUACGUUCUCACACUGAUGGGAAACCUGCUCAUCAUUAUGCUAGUGAAGGCAGACCCUGGACUGCACACACCCAUGUACUUCUUCCUCAGCGUGCUGUCCUUCCUGGAGGUGUGGUAUGUGAGUACCACAGCCCCCACACUGCUGCGCUCACUUCUCUGGGGGCACAUUCCUGUGUCUUCAGCUGCCUGCUUCAUCCAGCUCUAUGUAUUCCAUGCCCUGGGCAUGACUGAGUGCUACCUACUGGGUGCCAUGGCACUGGACCGCUACCUGGCCAUCUGCCACCCAUUGCACUACCACUCGCUCAUGAGCCCGCAGCUUCGAGUGGCACUGGCUGGCGCCUCAUGGGCAGCUGGCUUCUCAGCUGCCCUGGUGCCAGCCAGCCUAACAGCAACCCUGCCCUUCUGUCUGACUGAGGUAGCCCACUACUUCUGUGACCUGGCCCCUCUCAUGCACCUGGCAUGCAUAGACACAGGCUGGCACAACCAUAUUCAUGGAGCUGUGAUUGGAGUGGCCACAGGCUGCAACUUUGUGUUCAUUGUGGGUCUAUAUGGGGGCAUCCUGAGGGCUGUUCUAAGGCUGCCAUCUGGGGCCAGCCGAGCCAAGGCCUUUUCCACCUGCUCCUCGCACAUGACAGUGGUGGCACUAUUCUAUGGCUCUGCUUUCUCAGUCUAUGUAGGCUCUCCAAAAACUCGCCCUGAGGGCACUGAUAAAUGCAUUGCCUUGGUCUAUGCCCUGCUAACACCUUUCUUUAACCCCAUAAUCUACACUCUGCGCAACAAGGAGGUGAAGGAGGCCAUGCAAAGGGUGUCUCAAAGGGUUCGGAUACUGUUAAAGGGACCCUGA